AUGGUCUUUGACAACACCUUUGAUACCGGACUGAGCGGACAAGAGACAAACCUCAUGGCUCUCACCAGAGCUGCUCAUGAAUGUGACCACCACCUGAUUGCCGUCACACAAAGUGAGGAAGCUGCUAACAAGGUAGCCAAUCUCAACGGAGCACGCACCCGUGUCCUAGAGCAGCAAAAGGCACCUUCUUACAGAUGGUCAAAAGGAGAGGCAGAGGAGUACUUGAAGGCUGUGAAGACGUUGACUGAAAAUGCGGAGAGGGUUCUGAACAUGACCCAAGUGCCUGAUGAAGUUGGCGGGUGGAAACCGGUGGACAUCAAGGAGUAUUUGAAGACAGGUCGAAGACCAGAAGCACCACAACAGGGACAAGGUGGCAGAAGCACAGCGAAUUCAGCAGUCUGGGUCAGGCAACUCCAGAAGGACUGCCAUGUCAAUAAAGGUAGGGUGGUGUUUCAUUACUUCUCCCACUUGCUUUGUGUUAAAGGCAGUUUGUUCAGAACCAGUACUGUAUUAUUUUUCGGCCAUGCUUGGGAAGAAUGCCAUAGGCCUUCCAUGUCCUGCCAUUCAUGCCAACUUCAGCUUGCGUUCAAAAGAAGUAGGGAAUAG